UUCGCCGAGCCGCCGUCACCGCCGACACAUCCCGCGCCAUGUUCAAGCUGGUUAUUGCCUGCUGCCUGCUGGGAGCUGCCCUGGCCGCCCCACAGGGACCGCUGCAGCCGAGACUCACCACGAGGGAGCCUGUGCCCAUCGUGGCGCAGUCCAGUCUGCUCAACGAGGACGGCAGCUUCCAGAACAGCUACGAGAGCGGAGACGGCACCAAAGUGGACGCCGCCGGAGUCCAGAAGGCGGUGGGCCCCAAGGGCGAGGCGGGCACGGCCAUCCAGGGCUCCUACUCCUUCUACAUCGACAACGUGCUCUACACGCUCACCUACACCGCCGACGAGAACGGCUUCCAGCCGCAGGGCAACUACCUGCCCACCCCUCCGCCCAUCCCGGAGAAGAUCCUCGAGGCGUUGGCCUACAACGCAGCCCACCCCGAGGAGGACAACCUCAAGAGGAAGUAGACCACCCCCACCACCACCACCAACAACAACCCCUCUGUGAAUACCUGCGACGGCUCUGCCGGCCGGCGAGAGACCUGCUCCCCGGCUCCGACAAGCACCGCGCCAUGUACUGUGUACAUAGCAUGUAUAUUACUUUUUGUACGAGCUCAAAAAAACAUCAUCAAUAUUAGCUUCUCCAGCCGUUAUUUCUCCAUACCUGCACAAUCCCCCGUCAACGUAACCAACAGUUCAAUGUCUGUUGUAGCACUCUUUUUUUAUGUCCUAUCCUUACUUAGUUGGGUCAUGUGAAUUUUGUAAAUAAGUUACUGGUUUCUCUUCGCACAGUUCAUGAACAUAUUCUUGUCAUCCAAAGAUGUAGAUCAUUCAAAUGUACGAUGUUGUCCAACCUUGCUUUUCGUCAAAAAUUAAGGAUACUUUUGCAGGUAUCUAAAGCUGCCAGUAAGCUUUGUGAUAAUAAAAUAUAGGGUGUCCGUAAAAGAAUGUCCCAGUUUAAUGUAGACUAUUUACAACAAAUCAAACAUGAAAUUGAAGAUAAACAAACCUAGUUUUUCAUACAAAUGUUCAACAUGUGCACCUUUAGUUAUACGGCACACUUCCACCCUAAAGACCAAUUCCUCCCGCACUCUGGUUAACAAGUCCGGAGUAAUGGAAGCAAUAGCCUCUUCAAUUCUGUCUCUUGACUCUGGAAAAUUAUUAGGUAGCGGCUGAACGCAGACACAGUGAUUUUAUAAAGCCCCAAAGAAAAAAAAUCGCCAGCGAAUAAGAGCUCUGUCGUCUCGACCAUUACGACCAAUCCAACUGUUAAGGACUUCGACGCUCAACCACUCUCGUACAAAGAGAUUCCAAUGGGGAGGGGCACCAUCAGGUGGCCAAAUAAAGUUUACAGGUUCACACUACUAAUUUUCAUUUUUCGUAGGUGGCACUGCAAGCGAGAAAACAACAAAGCAGUACUCGCGCAUGCGCUUAUUUAAACUGUUUAAGUUACUCUUUGUGACCUUGAACCAAUAUCCUACAACGCUUGCAAAUUGGUAUUAUUAUAAUUUAUAACUGGGACAUUAUUUUAUGGGCAUACUGUAUUAGAGAAGAUAUUCUACUUCAUAUUUAAUUCUUGCAUUGAUACAAAUAAAACCCAUGUACAGACUAACCGUUUAUGUAAGAUUCAAGACAUGUAAAGCAUAAAACACAAUAUGACUACAACCAAGGGCGUCCAUGCCAGGGGGCAAUAGUGGGGAUACGCUCCCCCCCCCCCCCCCCCCACAACGAACAGCUCUCAAGGAACAGCUUUCAAGAAAAUGAUUUAAAGGUUGUUAUUAGGUAGAAGUAGUUGAACACUGAAAUAUUUUAUAUGGAUUUUUUUUUAAAUUAUAAGUAGCCAUUCGUAUUUCAAAAUAUUAAAAAUACUCAAUACCCCCAGGUCUAGUUACCCCCCCCCCCCCCUUUUUCGUUUUCCUUUCAACAAACUAUCAUAUGGGCACCUUGAGUUAUUAAACCAAGACACUAUGAACUAUCACUUAACUUUAGUUGAUGAUAAGUAAAAUAAAUUUUUGGAAGAAUUUUUCGAUUUUGGUUUGUUUAAUAUAUUCAGUGUAGACAUUCAAUGUUUGCUUAUUAUUUAACUCCUUUCAUACAAAAUAUUUACUUCAUGUGGCUCAUUACUGUAAUUUUUUUUAAGAUUUAAUAAUAAGAGUGGUGUCAUUUCACCCCCUCCUUUUUUUUACCGUAUUACAAGCUCGAGCAAGAAUUGCUGUUUUUCAAUUCAAGAUAGAGCAUGAAUGUGAACCUGAUUUUAAAAUAAAUUUUCUGUGGAAUGCUACUAAUAGGCUACCUAACUAUUAGUCUCCAGUUUAGAGCCUACUUAGCAAGAAGCAUUUGGAAUUUUAUGAAUUUACUGUGAUAACAUUGUGAGGUACAUAACAGUUUCGAUUACAGUAACGACCUUUGAUAUCAAAGCAGUGUCGCAGUUUUUGUCUCUUCACUGAGACCAAAAAAAAUUGGUACAACCGGAAAAAAAGGCUUGGUUUUGUUAGCCAAAUAAUUUAUAGGUGUAAUAAAAUUACUUUAUCAAAAUGAACAUGUGCAUCAAUUCAAGUCAAAUAUCCAAUUUUUUUUAACCAGUUAUUCUUUAGAAAAUAGUAUUUUUGACAGCGUAUACCAUACUUGAAUAUCCGAACUUAAUGGUAAAUUCGUUGGCCUAAAACUAUUUUUUUCUUAGAUUCUCUUUGAAGCGCAUAUCCAUGUCAUUACCAACCCUUACAAAUUUUAUGCAAAAAAGGCAUUUAAGUUCUCCAGCACAUCUUACCAUUACUCUAGCAAUAGGCCGCCCGCACUUUUAUAGUAGACAAAUAGGGAAUACUAGUUUUAAAUGACCAGAAUUUAUAUAUAUAUAUAUUUAAUUUGUCAUUGGAAAUGAUUAACGAACUGUAAAAGUUGUGAAUAUUAAAUACUUUAUAUAUAUCGUAUAGUAGCUGUGAGUUGGACUCAAAGAGCCUUAUAGUCGUAUUCACCUACUCUGAAGAAUGGAAUCGGUGAGAUGACGGAAAUGAUGAAUCAGUGACGGAUUGAGUAACAAGAAAGUUGAUGAAAUAAUGCCGAGAAAAUACUCUCGCCAAAUAGCGUCCACCACACUAUCUAUUUUUUUUU